AUGCGACGAAAUACAAAUGACUCUUCACCACGACAUAUUUAUAUUCAUAAAAAAUCGCCUCAACAACAACCACCUUUUUUACACAACAGUGUUUCUACUGCUAAAUAUAAUAUCUUGACAUUUUUACCUAAAUUCUUCUCGGUGGAAUUCAGCAAAUCUGCGAAUCUUUUCUUUUUAUUUAUAUCGGGAGUUCAGCAAAUUCCAAAUAUCUCACCUACUUCUCGUUGGACAACACUAGUACCAUUGGUGAUUGUUUUAUUUAUCACUGCAAUCAAAGAAAUCUUGGAAGAUUAUGCAAAUCAUGAAUUGAAUGGACGAAAAUGCAAAGUACAUGAGGGUGAUCGAUUUGUGGAAAAAAGAUGGAGUGAUGUCAAAGUAGGUGAUAUUUGUCGUGUGGAAAGUGGUGAUUUUUUCCCAGCAGAUUUGAUUCUUAUCAGUAGUUCUGAACCUGAAGGACUUUGUUAUAUUGAAACAAGCAAUUUGGAUGGUGAAGUCAAUCUUAAAAUCAAACAAGCUUUACCUGAAACAGCAAAGUUCAUUUCUCCAAAAUCAUUACUUGAAUUCUCUGGUGUCAUACAAUCUGAACAUCCCAACAAUCGACUUUACAAUUAUGAUGGUACUCUUACUUUAACUUUAGAUAAUGGCAAAGAAAAGGAUUUUCCUUUGGAUCCUAGCAAACUUCUCUUACGUGGUGCUCAGUUAAGAAAUACAAGUUGGAUCUAUGGAUUAGUGAUAUUUACUGGUCAUGAAACAAAGUUGAUGUUAAACUCAAGCAAAAAACCAACAAAAGCUUCCAAUGUCACUCAUAUUACCAAUCGAAAUAUUUUGUAUCUCUUCACUAUGCUUGUUCUCAUGAGUAUUCUGUGCUCUGUUGGAAAUUAUGUGACUAUGAAUAAACUUGGUCGAAAAUUGGAUUAUGUAGAAAUUCCUGAUACGUUGAACAAGGCAAGUGAAUUUGGGUUUACUAUCUUGACAUUUAUGAUCUUAUUCAAUAGUUUUAUUCCUAUAAGUUUGAUGGUCACCAUGGAAAUCGUCAAAUUUGUACAAUCAACGAUGAUAGAUAAUGAUUUGGAUAUUUAUCAUGAAAAGACGAAUACACCAGCUGUAGCACGCAGUAGCAGCUUGAUUGAAGAACUUGGUCAAAUCGAAUAUAUAUUCUCAGAUAAGACUGGUACACUCACAUGCAAUGAAAUGGAAUUCAGAGAAUGUUCAAUAGCAGGACUUACUUAUGCAAAUCAACCCGACCCAGACAGGCGACCUACUUCAGAAUAUAAUGACAGCAAUGCACAAUACUCAUUCAAAGAAAUGGAAGGUCAUUUACGAACAGCUCCUCAAGCACCAGUAAUUCAUGAUUUUCUGACAGCAUUGAUGACUUGUCAUACUGUGAUUCCCGAAAUGAACAAGGUAGCAACAAAAGAAGAAAUCAUCUAUCAAGCAUCCUCUCCUGAUGAAGCCGCUCUUGUUAAAGGUGCUAGUACUUUAUUUGGAUACCACUUUUAUGCACGACGACCUCAUUCCAUUCAUUGCACUAUUGGUGGUGUGGAACAUGAAUAUCAAAUCCUCAACGUAUGUGAUUUCAAUUCAACAAGAAAACGUAUGUCCGUGGUACUCAAGGAUCCUCAAGGUCGAAUCAAACUCUAUUGCAAAGGUGCAGAUACAAUGAUUAUGGAACGCUUAGCUUUGAACAAUCCAUAUGUCAAUUCAACAUUAUCCCAUUUGGAGGAUUUUGCUUCUGAAGGAUUACGAACACUUUGUUAUGCAAUGAGGGAAAUCAACAAGGAUGAAUAUACACAAUGGGCGCAGAUUUACGAAAAAGCAGCAACUACAUUGACCAAUCGAGCUGAAGCAUUGGAUAAUGCGGCAGAAAUGAUCGAACAAAACAUGUCACUGGUAGGUGCAACAGCCAUUGAAGAUAAAUUACAAGAAGGUGUUCCUGAUACCAUCCACACCUUACAAGAAGCUGGGAUCAAGGUCUGGGUACUCACGGGUGACCGUCAAGAAACAGCCAUUAAUAUUGGAUUCAGUUGCAAGUUACUAUCUGAAGAAAUGGAUUUGAUGGUAUGUUCAGCUGAUGAUCAUGCUACCACUAGAAAUAUCUUGGAACAGAAAAAGGUGGAAUUAGAGACUCAGAAAUCAAAUCACCAUCAAGAACCUAUGGCAUUGAUCAUUGAUGGCAAGGCGUUGACAUAUGCAUUGGAAAAGGAUUUGGAAAAGACUUUCUACGACAUUGCAAUCCAGUGUAAAGCGGUGAUCUGUUGCCGAGUGUCUCCGUUACAGAAAGCACUUGUGGUCAAACUGGUGAAAAAGUACACAAAAUCUAUCCUACUUGCGAUUGGUGAUGGGGCGAACGAUGUAUCAAUGAUCCAGGCAGCACAUGUGGGUGUGGGUAUCAGUGGUGUGGAAGGACUUCAGGCUGCGCGCAGUGCAGAUUUUGCCAUUUCACAAUUCCGGUUUCUCAAAAAACUACUUUUGGUCCAUGGUGCAUGGGCAUAUCAACGACUAUCCAAAAUGAUCUUUUUUUAUUUUUACAAGAAUGUGACCCUGUAUCUGACACAGUUUUGGUAUGCCAUCUUCAAUGGUUUCUCAGGUCAAACCCUUUACGAAUCUUGGACCAUGUCUUGCUUCAAUGUGCUUUUUACCAUCUUGCCUCCCUUGGCCAUAGGCAUCUUUGAUCAAUUCACUUCUGCUCGGUUGUUGGCCAAAUACCCUCAAAUGUACUCUCUUGGUCAAGCCAAUGAAUUCUUUAAUCAAAAACGAUUUUGGGGUUGGAUCUUGAAUGCUGUCUACCACUCGGCGGUUCUCUUUUUCUUUGGAAUGGCUGCCUUCAAUAAUGAUCAGGUAUUUGUAGCUGGUUAUGCUGGUGGACAAUGGUGGGUGGGAACAACUAUAUUCAGUUCAACAUUGGCCACUUUAUUAUGGAAAGCUGCUUUGAUUACAGAUGUUUGGACAAAAUGGACAUGGAUAGCUAUUCCAGGAUCAAUGGUUAUUUGGUUUAUUUUCCUUCCUGUGGUAUCGUAUAUUGGACCUUUAUUACCAUUUGGUAUCUUUUUUGAAUAUCAUGGGAUUGUACCUGCCUUAUGGGGAAAUAUCAAUUAUUGGUUAUUUUUUCUUUUGAUUCCAUUGAUUUGUGUUUUACGUGAUUAUCUUUGGAAAUAUUACAAGCGAAUGUAUAGGGCCAAAAGUUAUCAUUAUGUUCAAGAAAUUCAAAAACUCAACUUGCCAGAUUAUCGACCUAGAAUGGAUCGGUUUCGGACAGCUGUCAACAAAGUACGCCAUGUACAACGACUUAAACAAUCCAGAGGUUAUGCUUUCUCACAAAACGAUACGGAUCAAGGCAAACUUAUUAGAAUGUACGAUACCACCCAACAAAAGCCCUCAGGAUAG